CAUCAUCGCUCUGAUCUGAUCUCGGACCACGGCCGCCGUCCAACCCACUCCGCUCCGCGCACACCUCCGCUCCGCUCGUCUCCCCGCCCCCCGCGAUCGGCGCCACGCGAGUGCCCAUCCGACGAACCCGGCCACCCCGGCCAGACAAACAAUCUCAGCUUCACCCAUCACUCCCGCCUGAUCUCUGCAUCACCCCAACUCCACGCCCGUGGACCGCAAGCCAGCACUCGCUGCAACGCCUGGCCAACGAACUACCAUGACGGCCGCGAGCGCCGCUCUGCUCCCGGCCCCACUUCUUUCGCCCACGCCGGCGUCGGUAUCGUCCCUCCUCGAGAGCGCGGACGACGCCCGCGCCCAUCUCAUACUCGGGCAUGCGCUGCGGUACGCCGUCUCGCACUCGGACGUCGACCUCCUCGGCUGGCUCUCGGGUUUGCAGGGGCAAGGAGCCGAUGUCCUAGACGAAGAGGUCGCCACACUGGAGGACGACGACGGGUGGGGUGUCGUCGGCAUGGCGAUCCAGAGCUCGUGUGGCCAAAGCGAGAAAGAGGAGGCCGUGAGAUUGGUCGUCGGGCGAUGGGGUGUCGACGCCGGGCCUCGCGCCGGUCGAGACCGACAUGGUUGGAGUCCACUCCACCUCGCGGCGCUGCUCUCGUCCCCGCAGACCGUGUCGGUGCUGCUCAACCGCGGAGCAUCGCUGUCCGCCGUCAACGAUGCCGGCUUCACCCCUUUCGACCUCGUGACGGGCAUGGACGGGCGCGACGACCUCGCCCUCCUGCUCGACCCAUGGGCGGGAGGCACGCCGCGCACGCCCCCGUCGCCGUCGUCAUCGGACGACGCGUCGAGGAUUGACCCCGAGCGCCGAGCACAGAUCCAACGACGAAGGAUACGCGUCGCCACCCGCGCAGAACGAGCACGAAGGAGACGAGAAGCAGCGGGGGCGGCCGCCGAGCGCGAGCGCUGGGUACGCGCGCGCGCCAAGCACAUCGGGGUGGACCCCACAGUGCUGUUCCCACCAAACCGGCCUGGAGAGGAAGAAGAAGAGGAAGAGGAGGAGGAUGACGAGAUGGAAGUGGACGAGGUGCUGGGUGGUCUGCCUGGCGAUGUGCGCGCAAAGGUGGACAUGGACGCGUCGCUUCUCGUCUUCUCUCUCCACCAGCUGCCCGUGCUGUUCGAUGUGUACAUCACCUCGUACCCCCCAGUAUGUCAACCACGGACAAGACGUGCACUCCCCGCCAACGCACUGUACUUGUACGCCCGGUUCGCCCACUACCGCUGCGACGAGACGUGGCUCGAGGAGUUGUUGUGGGGCGCAGUUGAGGCCAUCGAGGGUGUCGUUUAUGGGAAUUCAGAGGACCUGGCGUCACUCGCCUUCUGGGAGUAUAACCUCACGCUGCUGUUGUAUCUUCUGCGGUCAGAUACGGACCUGGCCGAGGCGUGUAUGUCUGCUGGCGACGACUUGCUCGUAAACUUUGAGGAACUGAUAAAUGCCAUUCAUGUGUUCAUUAUACGCAUCGCCGAGCGCAAAAUCGACGAGAUUUUGGAACCAGCAAUGCUCGACUUCGAGGCGCUGGAAGACUUUGACGGCGUGCGCUUCGCCGACGAGUGGAAUAUAUUCCGCUCGUUUGGGAGGAAGACGGCGGACAAGCGCGAGACUCCCCUGGCGGCAGCAGUGUUCAGCCCCCCCACGACACCGUCUAAGAGGGGAGACGGUGUCGAGUCACCACUACGCACACAUCAGCGCUCGAUGUCGCGACCAACGUCUAUACAGGAUUUGAGAGCCACUGUGGUGGCCGCCAAGGCCGAGGCCAAGGAGGUCAUAGCCAACGGCAUCGGCAAGGCCCAGGCCGUGCUAGGCGAUAAGCCCAGCCCGCGCAAGGUCGCCGACAUUCUCACUAGCGUUCUGCUCAUUCUCCAAUUAUAUGAGGUCAACCCCGCGUUCAAUGUGCAGGUGUUUUCGCAGACCUUCUUCUGGAUCUCGAGCGAAUUAUUCAACCGCAUCAUCACGCGCCGCAAGUACCUUUGCCGGACCAAGGCCGUGCAGAUCCGGAUGAACAUCACGGCGCUUGAAGACUGGACGCGCGCCAACGGACUCCCGCCACACAUCGCCAGCCGCCACUUCGUGCCCAUCAUGCAGCUGCUCCAGUGGUUGCAGUGCGCCUCGCAGAUCAAGGAGUUCGACAUGUUGAUAGGCACAGUACAGAACCUGCGCUCUCUCAACCCUCUCCAAAUGCGCCGCGCCGUCCGCGACUAUCGCUACGAGGUCAACGAGGGGCGCAUGGCUGACGACUGCAACCAGUAUCUGCUGCAGCUCGUGCGCGACUGGGAGCAGCGGCGAGUGCACAUAAGCGUACAGCAGGCUGAGGACUCUGAGACUCCGACUGCAGCGAGCCGGGACGACCACGCCAUGCCGAUCGAAGCCCUGUUUGACGGCUCUGUAUCUCUCGCCGAGUGGAUGCCCGAGACUGGGCCGGAGGCAAUAGGCGAGCUGCUCGAUAGCCGGCACAUGCUGCCUUUCUUGAUCCCCCAAGACACAGAGUUCCUCCUCGCGCGGCCACCAGCGGACGCGGCAUUCUCUAACCUCAUGACGGAGAAGCCACCUUUGCCAGAUGGUUCGAUUCCCAGCCGUCCACUGUCCGUCGCCAGCUACACGUCCACCAAACCGAUGGGCUGGGAAGCACCUACGAAGAGGGAGAUCUCAAAGUUGCCAGAAGACUUUUUCUCAUGGAUGAAGCAAAGACAGCACGCCGCGCAGCUCACAAGAGACGCGACGAGACAGCGCGAAGACACGAGCCGCAUGCGCGACGACACAACUCCGGGACCCCCUGUAGUACCACCUAAAGCGGCAGCGCGGAACAGUCCAGAGACAGCCGCGGUGUCCACCCCUGUAAGGGUUCCUGAUCCCCAGGGGCCAGCGACGCCGUCGACUCCGCUCGGGUCUGUUGCCGAGGAUCGCGAGGUGACGCCGAACGCCGGACAGCGAAUGAGUGCGACGGAUCGCAUGGCGCGCGUGGUUGCGCACGCUUUCGUCAACAGUCCACGCACACCUCUGCCCCAGCAGUCGGUGCAAAUUACGCCCGCGGAGAGAGGCCUGGCACGUCGCGCAUCGCAAGAGCUGCGUUCGUCUGACAAGCCUGUGCCCGCGCGGGAGAGCAUAGAGCUGCGCUCUUCGUCGUCGCUGUCCAACAGGUCAAUGGGCGAAGCACACCAAGGCUCACCGCACUAUGAGCUGGGGCGGCACAGGCGCGAGAACGGGUCGAUCUCUAGUAUUUCAAGCGUGUCCUCUUCGCCGGAGAAGAAGCGAUGGUGGCCGCAAAUGGCGAUGCCGAAGCAGUCGCCUCGCGUAGUCAGCAGUGCGAGCGACGACAUUCCCCUGCAGCACCUCAAAGACGAUGUGGUGCCUCUCGGCAGACUGAAGAGCGGCCGGCAGGACUCAGCAGACACGAUCCGCGCGCGCGACGAGAUGCGCGCCUAGACUGAUAGAUCCAUGCAUGCAGUUAAGGCGUGGG